CUAAUGACACAGUUCAGGAGUUUUCAAAAUACUUAAGAAUUAGAAAAUGGAUGUAUUUUAAAGAGCUUUUCAAAUAAUUAUUAAGUUUGAUUACUUGGUUUCAUACACAUGCACAUCUUUUAACUUUUAUGAAAGUGUGAAACCCCUUGCUUUUUUACCAGUCUUAUGAAAAAAAAACUCACACACAACUACAACCAUAUCAACUAAAGAAUGGUUACUUAGAGAUCACACAAGCACUUACAACUACUAGACAAUUUUCAUGUGUUCAAAGCUAUCACCCAAAGUUGAGGUGGGUACCCAUGCCAUGCAGAAAAAAUGGUUUAAAAACCACGCCCUACUAUUUUCUGAGGGAAAAGUGGCUGAAGAGAGCCACGUUGGCAGCACCAAAGGAGGGAGAUACACGUGUCGAUGACGCGAACCCAUGAAGGGGGAGGAAGAAUGGCUGCAGCCUCCAAGUCCUACUUCGAGCUCCGACAAUGCUCCCCCAAGCUCAGGCCCCUGUCGCAGUGCGGCUGGCUGGCUUCGCACCAUGAAUGCAAGCCAAUGUCGCGUUCCAACGGGAUAGAGCAAUGCUGAGGAUCAGGAAUUGGAGGAGGAGGAGGAAGAAGAAGCGGAAGCAGCAGCAGAAGGGACAGUAUAGUCGCAGUAGUAGUAGUAGAAGAAGAAGAAGAAGAAGAAGAAGGGAGGAGGAUUUUUGGUUUGGCUGGUAGGCCCUGCAGUUGAGGCGAGCGCAUCUUCAUUGUUACCACUGCUUGGAUCGCCUUUUACCCUUCGAACCUUGUCUAGGCCAUGAGGACAGGAUGUUACUCCUAUUCCGAUCUUGUAGCUAUGGCAGAGGACGGGAAGGACAUGAUGCUUCAGAUUUUGUACAGGGGGUCACGCCCUUCCCCUUGUCUAAAGUUCUCUUACUCCUCUUGAAGCAGUCGCAUUUGGAAAGCGUUCUGUUACAGACAGCGUUGAGCAAUUUGAAUAAACAAAAUCAAACCGAAGAUAGCAUCAAGAAAGCAGUGCAUCCUCCUGAGCCUCUGGCAUUUGACCAUUCGAAUCUUUUUUUCACGGAUCGAUUGUAAACAGCAGGGAGGCUGUGGAUGAAUCUUAGAGCCUUGCCACGGAGAACAUUGAUGACAACGGUUCUCUCCUACCUGCAGAGCACGCUCCUUCGAAUGAUCUCAAUUCUGGUGUUGCGGGCACAGGGUAUCUCUAUGAAAAUAAGAGUGGAUGAGAAAAUUGCACUGGUUAAGGCCUGACUGUUUUACAAGGAGCUGACAGUGAGCAAUGGAAUCUAAAAACAUUUGAGCAUGUAGGCAGCCAAGAUAACCAUAAGAAUACAUCGAGGACAGUGUCUGGGGCUGAUCUGUUGGAGGCACCUCUGUUCAACGAUGAAAUAGUUGAGAUUUGUGUGGUUGAUGGGGUAGGUAGUGAUGUUGAACAGACAACAUCCCAAUGCAAUGGUGACAAUGCGUCUUCUAGAACUUUGAAGCCGGCACAUUUGGGCGAUUCGGACAGAUCACCUGUGAUGCUUCAAGUUACUGUGGAAACCUAAAAUAUUGGGCGGCAAUGCCAUGAAGAAUGAACUUGUUGGGAAUGACGUUCUGAGUCACAGGUCAUCUACCAGUGGCGCAAACAUAGUUGGAGACAUCCUGUAUGAUAAUGCUGUUGAGGAUGAAGGACACUCCCGACAACUUAUUCUUGCUUUUGCAGCUAAGCGGUAUGCAGUGGACGUGGAGAAAAAUCCAGAGAACCAUGAUGCUCUGUACAACUGGGCACUGGUUCUUCAGGAAAGUGCAGACAAUGCAGGACCAGAGGUGGGUUCUCCAGAAAAGGAUGCACUGCUUGAGGACGCAUGCAAGAAAUAUCAGACUGCUGUUCAACUUUGUCCUACUCUACACGAGGCGUGUGACAGAUACGACCGGGCUGUGCAACUGAACUGGAACAGUCCUCAGGCAUUGAACAACUGGGGUCUUGCACUGCAGGAACUUGGAGCCAUUGUUGCAUUGAAAGAGGAACGUGCUAUAAUCAAGAUGGCAAUAAGAAAAUUUCGUGCUGCUAUUCGACUCCGCUUCGACUUUCAUCGUGCUGUUUACAACUUGGGAACCGUGCUGGUGUAUAGAGGUGGUCUACGGCGGGUGCGGAAUUUCUUGCCCCUGCCUUACCUUCGAGCCGGAUGGUUGACGAUUCCUCCUUUUGGGGACCCUCUGGCUCCACAUAAUGACUGGUUGCGAUUGUGGUUUGUUCUCGACCAUGAGGCACUUUAUGGGAUGGAGAAAGUUGACCGAAAGUCCCUUGCACAUAGCUACUCGAGACACUCUAGCACUCUUACCUCAGAAAUUAAUGCAAGUAGCAGUAUUGCUCCAAAGUCAUCGGUUUUAAGAAUCGCAAUGGAAGAUAUUUUAGGUCUAGCCCCAACAGCAGAUUUCAGCCUCCCGCCUGGAGGAAGUUUUUGCAUUGAUACUGACGCUGGUGAACAAUAUCUGGUUCGUCUCCUACGAUUCUUCCACUUCUGUUAUGACCUUGUCCACUAUUUGAUGAUGGAUUGUGUGCUUGUCUUAACCCCUUAUCUACACCUUAUUCUUUUUUAUCUUAUCGAAGGCCAUAUUCCGACAUGAUGAUAAUGUAUGUUAAAUGUUUCAGGGAGGCUAUAGUGUAGAAAUAUGUUUCUAACUAUUGUGUCGCCUCCAUGUCGUUUUCCCAUUGUACAUAAAUAAAAAUAUGCAAAAGUAUUCUUUUCUGAUCUUCAUGUAAUUUUUGUGUAAUUUUUAGGAUGUGCUGCUUGUUUUCGCACUACCCAUCCCUAUGCAAUCUCUUCGUUUGCUUCUAAGUUGACUUUCUCGAGCUGUAUGGAUUCACUCGUUAUUGUUACAUACACAAGUAGUUUCAAUCCACAUAUUGUGUGAAAUUUGUCAUUUUACCUUAGAUCAUCACGAACGGAUUCUUGCGAGGGGUGUUGGUGUGCAGAUUGCAGAUACCUGGGAUAGCAUGGAUGCAUGGGUAGACGCCGUUCGGCUUGUAUACACCAUUUACGCUAAAGGCAAAAGGGAUGUCCUUGCUAAUGUGCUAGUAGUCUGACCAAGAGUAAUAGCGAUCAGUAGUAGUGCUGUGGAGUAUCUCCGUUACUGCAAAGUUAGCACUGCAGGUGCUCAUAUUGUCUAGACUGGUAACUCGGGGUCACUGUUUUUGCCUAGAAUUUGGCUGUAGUUAACCAUGCUGAAUUAAUAAAAUUUUGUUCUUCGAUAUUAUUUAUC